CAUGGCGGACUUUCGCCUCCAUAGUGUACUACACUCUGUUCCAUUCAUUUACGUUGUACAAGACGGACCACCUUAACUCUAGACUCCUUGUUAGCAACAGUGCGUACAGCAGCCAGCGAAGAAGAAAAAGGCGGAAGUUACCAUUAGGUCGGUGUCGUGAAGCAGAAAGUUAGUGUAAAUUCAGUGUCUAAAAAAAUGUGUAAAGUCCAAAUGUUGAGAGCGUUGAUGGAGCAGCGACUAAAUGCUGCUGUUGAAGAUAUAUUUAGACUGAUUGAGAGAACUAUAGCUGAGUAUGAGGAGGAACUUUCUAGAACAAAAGAGGAAAAAGAGCGACAACGCGAACAGCUGGACGCUGCUUUGAAAGACAAUGUUGGGUUACACAGAGCAGACAUCCAGCAGGUGUUGGUGGAGAGUAAAGAAGAGGUUCCCUCUGAGCAGCAGGAGUGGAGCUCCAGUCUGGGGCAGAAGCAGCCAGAGCCACCCCGCAUUAAAGAGGAAGAGGAACAGUUUAAAGGGUUGAAGGAGGUUGACAUCACCACAUUUCCUUUGACUGGUGUCCUUGUAAAGGGUGAAGGCAGUGAGGCUCAGUCCUCAGAGCGUCAUUACGGUCAAGGUGAGGACAACAGAGGGACGGAAGCUCCAACUCCAUCCAUGACAGCAGAAGCUGAUGGAGAGCAUUGUGAAGGAUCACAAGCAGACAGCAACUUGGCUCCAGUGUCAGAUAUGAACGACAUGAUGUCACACUCUUCUGAGACAGAUGACAAAGACUCGAAAGGUGAAAUGAGACCUCAUGUUGACAGCAAACACUUUAACUGCUCUGAAUGUGAGCGGACAUUUAAUCGUAAGGAAAGUCUGAAAAGACACAUGGCAAUGCACACUGGAGAGAGACCUUUUACUUGUUCAGUUUGUGCAAGAAGCUUUUCUUUGAGGCAAUAUUUGGAAAGACACACAAUGAUUCACAAGGGGGAAACUCCCUUUUCAUGUUCAGUUUGCCCUAAAAGAUUCCGUGAUAAGUUCAAAUUGAUGGUUCACAUGAGAAAACACACUGGAGAGAAAUAUUUCACCUUCAGCAGCUCAACUCAACAUGUGACCACCGAAGGUAAUGGAGAGCACUGUAGAGAAUCACAUGCAGACGGAAGCUUUGCUCCACUGUCAGUCAACGACAUGAUGUCACACUCUUCUGAAACCGAUCACAGCGACGAGGAGCUACAACCUUUACAGAGUAACAAGGACUCAAAAGGUGAUAUGAGACACCACACUGACGACAAACUCCUAAACUGUUCUCAGUGCGCGAAAACAUUUGACAAAAGGUGGAAAUGGAAAAGACACAUGAAAUGUCACACAGCAAAGAAACCUUUCAGUUGCUCAAUAUGUGCCAAAGGAUUCAUUCAGAAGUCAGACAUGACCAUACACAUGGCGGUACACACAGGAGAGAAACCUUUUACUUGUGUCAUUUGCGCUAAAAGCUUCGCGGCAAAGAAAUACAUGGCAAUACACAUGAGGACGCACACUGGGGAAAGACCUUAUGCAUGCUCAGUUUGUGCCAAACGGUUCACUACGAAGCCACAAAUGGACAGACACAUGAUGAGAAUACAUCCUUUCAGCUGCACCAUGUGUAAGAAAUAAUGACAACAGGGGUGUCCCGUUACAACUUUUUCACUUCUGAUAUGAUACCGAUAUUGCAGCCAUCAUCCAAUACCAAUAUUGAGCCGAUAUUAAGGCAUAUCAUACAAACUAUUUGUUUUGUAGUGUGGAAUGUUGCAAAACAAUAGACAGCAACAGUAGGUAUGAGGAAAACUUUCCCAUUUACUUAUUUAUGCAUGUGGGGUAUAGUUGUAUCCACAAUGUAGUGGCAGCAAGGCAUAAUAUCGCGAGGUUCGAGGUGCUCAAUAAAGCGUUUAAACCCAACAUUACUCACCACAGACAGGAGCUCGCUCUUUUCUGUUAUAGGUAAUGACUUAAUGAAAUUUCCCUUGUGUUGCCGCUUUACAUGUGCAGCGGUUGGUCGUUAUGAAACUUCCCCAGUUCAGUGCCACACCUGGAAGCUUGUGCAUGGCAAGUUUUGCACUCCGCUGCAACGUCUUUUUACUUCACACAACUGACAUCACUCCUGCUCCUUGCUACUUUGUUAACACUUUGUCAACCACUGUUAUUGUGAUCCCAUGGGCUCUAUCCGUCGACUGCUUGUAUUGCAGUGCCAAUAUUGGAGAUUUGAGAUGCACGCCAAUAUAAUCCGAUAUUGUUUUUUUUUGUUUGUUUUUUGCUAACAUUGGCUCUAUAUCAAUAUCAUAUCAGGACAUCCGUAAUGACAACACAAGAAGAACGCUGACAAACCCGAGUAGAAUCCCGACAGGCUUCAUGACUCUGAAGUAGCGAUGGGUGGAUCAGUACUGAAGUGGUGCUGACUCACAGUGAGAAGGUUCUGGGUUUGAUUGCCUUUUCCCUAAAGUCAGCUUGACCGGUGUACAUUUUUUAGUGUUGUUAUUUCUCUCUGAACAUAUUUGUUUUGAAAAUAAUCAGGUCAUAACAGUGGGGAGGAGCGGAACCUUUCAAGGAAACUGCACUUUAAAAAAAAUAUAUGCCCAUCAUCCACAAUCCUUAUGUAAGACAUGAACACACACAGACGAGCGGUAAUGAGCUGUCUCUUUUUAUCUGUUUUUGUAUCUUUAGAACGCACAGAAGAGAGAAAGACAGAUGUGUUCAUGUCUCACAUUAGGAUUGUGCAUGGUGGGCAAAAUUCCUCCCAAAAAGUGCAGCUUUCCUUUAAGCAGCAGAAAAAAAAUUGAGAAGAAAAUGAAUGAGUCAGACCUAAAAGGUAAUACAGGUGGUCCUUGUUACAACCUCCUAUGUUACGAUGUUUUGUGGUUCAGAACCCACUCCCAUACAUUAAUAUUGUACAAAAACAGAAAGAGAACUAGUUAUGUGUGAACGAAUAGUCAUGCUCGCUAAAAUGAGGAAGAAAGUCACAUUUGUUCUUUUCAACUUUAACCUCCAUUAUGUCUCCUAAGUCUCUCUUCUGGUAGCAGCGCGUAAAAGAAAAGGAAAGUGAAAUUAAACAUGGUAAAACGCAAAACAUGCUCCAGUCCAAGCCACUUAAACGCUGCAACCAUCAUCUUUGAACAUCUGACAGAAAUAACUAAGCAGCUUAAUGGUCUCAUUACUGAGACUUCCUCCUUCCAAUAAGCUUGUCUCUCCGUGCCUUGCAACGCCCCUUUGUAGUGUGCAAGACAACCACAUGGAUAAAGGUAAGGAGUUCUGUCUUUUCUAUUCAUUUAUUUCACCUGUCCUGUUUGGCAGCUUAAUCGUGCAGUAUGGGUGGACUGUAGACGCAUGCUGACACAUUUGAGGAGACAUCCUUUGAUGUGUUCACUGUACUAAAACUAAAAAUGAUGCAGUGAUACACAUGGUGUGUGAUGAAUGAGUCACUGUGUGGUUUUAUUUAAAAAAAAUUAAAACAUAUUAUGUGCCCGCAGCAUGGAUGGUGACGUUUGUUUUUGUGGAAUGUAAAUAAAAACAUGUUUCACUUGUGUAAUGUUAAAACUGUAUAGUGCACCCUUAAUA